UCAUUGUACUAAAUUAAGUUGGCAUAAUCUGAAUCUCACGAACUUGUAUAUUGAAUCAGCCUUUCUAUACGUUUUCAACAUCCAAACGAUUCUUUUAAAAGAGUUGCAGCAAACUUCCAAAAAUGUUUACUUGAUUGUUUCUGUCUAUAGGAAGAUACUACUCUUUGAACAAAGUUACAUUCGAAGUGUAAAAAUGUGGAAAGAAAUAUUUGUGCUCGUAGCAAUAGUUUCUGUGGUAUAUUCUGAAAAGUGUGAAAAAGAUAUCUGUAGCCGCGUUAGAUGUCAAAACCCUGUCUGUAAGGAUGGAGAAGUAAUUAAAGAAAAAGGGGGCUACUGUGGCUGUUGCGAUAGUUGCGUACCAAAAGAAGAUUGCGUCAAGGUAUAUAUCUUUGGACGUCCUACGUAUUAUUGUUUCAAUAAACCAACAACCACGCCCAAGCCGGAUUGUAUCAAGAUAAAUAUCAUGGGAUUUCCUACGUGCAUUGAUUUAAAUAAAUCGACAACCACACCCAAGCCAGAAUAUACCAAAAAGAAACGACACAGUCACAAAUGCCCUGGUUCUUAACUUGGAAAUGUUCGCAGGUGCUGAAACAGGAAAUUUGAUCAUUGCAACUUCAAGAAACGGGAUGCAUAAUAUUUCUUUCUGCAAUUAAAAAUGCGAGGUUAUUUUAUGCCUUGCUAUUCAAAAAUAUGAUUCCAUGAUUCAUUAAUGCGUUUAACAAACUUUUCAAAAAUGUACUGUACUUUUAUGUGAAUACAUUUUCAAAAAUGUAUUGUACUUUUAUGUGAAUGCAAAUUUUAAAUUUACUUAACUGCAUGUUAACUUUCCAAAUACAUCUCACAACAAUAAAGACUAUAUAAAAUGGCA